GGGCUGGGGGCUGCUGGGGACCUCGGCCCAGGCCCCAGGUGGUGGGUUCUCGGAUCCACACAGUCCAAGGCCACCUGGGGUCUGGAGGGCAGAGGCUGAGGACACCGGCAGGGACCCCAGCAGACGAACAAGGAGGAAUCCAAGGCAUCCAGGGAGCUCCGCUUCAGUGCCCCUCUGGAAAUGGAGUGAAUUCUCCUGGGACAGUUCUAGCCAGCUCUGACGCGUCAAGUAACUGGUGCCCGUACCAGAAGUCCAGGCUGGUCACCUUUGUAGCUGCUUGCAAAACAGAGAAAUUCCUCGUCCACUCGCAGCAGCCAUGUCCACAGGGGACUCCGGACUGCCAGAAAGUCAAAGUCAUGUAUCGCAUGGCACAGAAGCCGGUGUACCAGGUCAAGCAGAAGGUGCUGGCCUCCGUGGCCUGGAGGUGCUGCCCAGGCUUUGCGGGCCCUGACUGCCAGCACCACGAUCCCACAGCAAUCCCUGAGCAUGAAGAUCUAGGUGAUGGCCUCCAGGAGCCUUGGGAUGGGCCAGUCGGCUUUGAACCUGGCCACCCAGCUGCAGAGCUCAGCAAUGUCAUGCAGCAGCAGGAACGCCUGCUGGGAGAUCUCCAGAAUGACAUUCACCAGGUGGCAGAUGGCCUCCCGGGGCUCUGGACUGCCCUGGCAAGCAACCUCACAGCUGCCACCAUUGAGGCAAAUCAGACAGAGCCUGGGGUGCCUGGCAGAUCCUUGGAGCAAGUGCUACUGCCCCACAUGGACGCCUUCCUGCAGGUGCAUUUCAUCCCCAUUUGGAGGACCCUCAACCAAAGCCUGCACAGCCUCUCCCAAGCCGUGAGAAACCUGUCUCUCGAUGUGGAGGCCAACCAGCAGGCCAUCAAGGGGGUCCAGGAGGGCACGGUGGCCAAGGCUGACUUCCAGGAGCUUGGGGCCAAAUUUGAGAGCAAGGUGCAGGAGAAUGCCCAGAGAGUGGGGCAGCUGCGGCGGGACGUGGAGGAACGCAUGCACGCCCAGCAUCUCUCCCUGCAGCAGUCCCUCGCCCAGGUUGAGGCGGACGUGGACGCCAAGUUGAAGAGGUUCCUUAAGGCCCAGGAGCCCGUGGGGGCCAAUGGCAGCCUGGUCCCAGCAGCGGCAGGGGCAGGCGCCAGGCCAGAGCCGGAGAGCCUGCAGGCCAGGCUGGGCCAGCUGCAGAGGAACCUGUCGGCCCUGCACACGGCCGCGGGCCUCAGGGAAGCCGAGUUGCAGAGCACCCUGGCGGACAUGAGGGCCACGCUGGCGCAGCACGUGGAUGAGAUCAAGGAGCUGUAUUCGGAGUCCGAUGAGACCUUCGAUCAGAUCAGCAAGGUGGAGCGGCAGCUGGAGGAGCUGCAGGUGAACCACACGGCGCUGCGUGAGCUGCGGGUGAUCCUGAUGGAGAAGUCGCUGAUCAUGGAGGAGAACAAGGAGGAGAUGGAGCGGCAGCUGCUGGAGCUCAACCUCACCCUCCAGCAGCUGCAGGGCGGCCACGCCGACCUCAUCAAGUAUGUCAAAGGACUGCAACUGCCAGAAGCUCUACUUCGACCUGGACGUCAUCCGUGAGGGCCAGAGGGACGCCACGCGGGCCCUGGAGGAGGCGCAAGUGAGCCUGGACGAGCGGCACCAGCGCGACGGCUCGUCCCUGCAGGCCCUGAGCGGCACGGUGGCGGCGCUGUCGCGGGCGGUGGACGCGCAGCGGGCGGAGG